AUGGAAACGCUUCACUCUUUGCCUCGGAACCAGGAUGUUCCAAUGCGGCAGCCGUCGGCGGAGGACUUGGAUGCUGCUCAACAGUUGAUCUCCUCGGCGCAGGCGGGUCGUGAACACAUGGCAGACCAAUACAGGGAGGAUUCGAUGGCUCAGGAGCCUGGCCAGCCUGGACCAGACCGAUGGGGGCACAAUGAUCUUCCAGCUGAGAAAUCAUCACCAAGCGGGCAAAAAGGCGUUAUUUUCGUUGGACAUUCGUGCAGCAAUUGCGGUACAAAAAGCACCCCACUUUGGCGUCGCUCUCCGACAGGAGCGAUGAUCUGUAAUGCCUGCGGACUUUAUCUCAAGGCUCGCAACGUCGCCCGCCCUACAAAACGAAAUCGCAUGCAACCCGAGGGUGAAAGGCCCACCCCUCCCUCUCAUACCCAUGCCGAUGGUUCCGCACAUUCUCAGGGUGGAUGCAAAGGCUCAUGUCCUGGGGGUGGAAGUUGUAAUGGCACCGGUGGUGCAGAGGGAUGUGACGGGUGUCCCGCCUACAACAAUCGAAUUUACAAGUCCGCACCCCGAGGAACCACCGCAAUUCAAUCUUCAUGGGGACGUACUCCAGCAAAUGAGCCCGAAAACGCGCCAAAAGAGGAGCCACCAGUGAAGGCUCCCACUGUCACUGAUGGAAAUAAUACUUUAGUUGCUUGUCAAAAUUGUGGGACAACUGUGACUCCUCUUUGGCGACGCGAUGAACAAGGUCACCCCAUUUGCAAUGCUUGUGGAUUGUACUACAAGCUCCACGGAUGCUACCGGCCCACGAAUAUGAAGAAAUCUAUCAUCAAACGUCGCAAACGUGUUGUUCCCGCCCUACGAGACCAAUCUCCUACCGCUGCCACCCAGUCAUCCAACGGCUCAUCUGCAUCCCCGGAAGCCUCGCCUGCUGCCUUGGCUCACGGCCACGACGACCAUUACCGAUACAUGAGUAGCGAACCCAUGGAUCCCUAUCACACGAUGCCCGGCAAAAUCGAAGAUGCACCUCGACCUAUGCCUUUCGCACCACCACCGGUCGAUUUCACCGGCUACAAUGUCACCUCCGGGCUUCCUCAUGGUCCUAUCACUCAUGGCCUACCGAUGCCGCUGGGAGUAGAACGUCUAGGUCAAUCCCCCGUGUCAUACGGCCGACGGUCGGCAUCACCGAAUUCCCUCACCCUUCCCAAAAAGCGCACCCUGGCAGAGACAGCCGCAGAAGCCCUGCCAGUCCCCAACACCCUGGAGGCAGGAUCAAACCAGUUGCCCCCAAUCAUGUCCUCGGCUUAUCCCACCCCACCCGGCCGUCUCAGCUCCAUCUCAUCCAUCCUGAAUCAACCCGACCCCCGCGGCGAAGCCCGUCCAGAUCCCAACCUGAACAGGCCCCAACCUCUCCAUCACUCUGUGUCUCCCUCGCCCCAUACGCCGCAGCCGUUGCCUGGCAUUGCAUCCCUCGGUGACUCGGUAGAUCGCCGUGCCAGACUAGAACGCGAAGCUGAGAAUAUGCGUGAGGCACUCCGAGCCAAGGAACGUGAGUUGGCCGCGAUGAGGCGGUAA